AUUUAUUGAUCAGCUAUAACUCACAACACAAUUCAGAAAGAUAACUAAUACCUUUGAUAUCUAAGUGAGUGACAAACCAAGAUUGAGAAUAAUCUUCUAUCAUCCAGUAUCCACGUAUAAAUCAAGUCAAAUCAGUGUUAUUUCAUUAUAACCAAACAAUUAUAGUUUUUUUAAAAAUGAGUUUUUAUUACUUAGUUAGUGUAGUGAUAUUAAUAAUCUCUGGAUGCCAAAGCCAGACCAACAUUAGCAUUAACACCAAAAAAGGACCUAUAAUUGGGCUCCGUUUCAACCCAAGCCCUAUCACUGGAGCCCACUAUGAUGCCUUUAUCGGAAUCCCUUAUGGAAAAAUACCGGCUAGAUUUCAAUUGGCAGUCCCUCGAGACCCUUGGAAGAAGCCCUUGAAUACACAAUCAGAUGGACCGGCUUGCCCUCAACCUACCGGUAACUACAACGAGGACUGUCUUUACCUGAAUGUGUUUACACCUGUGAAUGCAAGUAGUAGUAAUAUAUCUGCACUCCCGGUAAUGGCAUUUAUCCAUGGAAGUGGCUUCACUGGUAGCUCUAGCUCAUCACAGAUGUUUGGUCCAGAUUUCCUGAUACCUAAAGGUGUGGUCUUAGUCGCCAUGAACUAUCGACUUGGAGCUCCAGGUUUUCUAACUCUGGGUUCAAAAGCGGCACCUGGCAAUUUAGGUCUUCAUGAUACAAGAUUAGCUCUGGAAUGGGUCAGAGACGAGAUUUCAGGGUUUGGAGGAGAUCCUACACAAGUGACUCUGUUUGGUCAAAGCGCUGGUUCUGUCAUGACACAGUUUCACUACAUCUCAUCGCUCUCUUCAGACCUUUUCAUAAGAGCAAUAGCGCACAGUGGGUCUGCACUGGCAGAAUGGGGCUUAGUUUCAUACACAGAGGCUAUACGGAGAGCCAAGGUGUUGGCUCAAGGACUGGGCUGUGACACGAAUCAAAACGACUCCAUCCUACUGGCAUGUCUACAGUCCGUUGAUAUCAAAGACAUUGUAACUCAGGAACUUAUCUCUCUACCUAUUGACAAUAUAGCUUCUGGGAACAGUUUUCGUUUUGUCCCGGUCCUUGACACUUAUCGGACUGCAAAUAAGCCAUUUUUCAAUGACACGUCUUUACACAAUAUGAUGCAACAAGCUGCUGCCAGAGGAAAACCCUUCAUCACAGGGUUUACUACUGACGAAGGGAUUUUCAAAUUUGAGGAUAACAGUUGGAAAAUGGCACAAGACAACUUGGAAUCUUUUAUUCCUUCAAAUGUUAAAACUGGAAUGAGUGGUAAGAAGGAAACAUCUUUAGCAAGUGAUAUUAAAAAUUAUUACUUCCCUGAUACAAUUGAUGAAAAUAAAGUUGAAGAUUUGAUCAGAAUAUACACAGACACGAUGUUUGGCUAUCCAUCUGUCCAGGUAUCACGAUAUUUUGCCAAUAUCACAUAUGGAUAUCUCUUUGCAUACAUUGGCUCCUGGGCUCCUGCACCCCCAUACUUUGCGCCUUACAAGCUGAAGGGUGUAAGACAUGCUGAUGAUCUCUUCUACCUAUUCUACUCCAGUCUGCCAGGCUGGGGAGCGCAGAACUUGGAGAACUGUAGUGUCAACAAUGUGAACCUGGAUAUGAAGGAUCAUAUGGUUAAAUGGUGGACGUCAUUUGCAAAGACUGGCAAACCAGACAAUUCCUGGAAGACGAUAUCUGAGGAUGGAUAUCUUGUAAUAGACUCACCACUCUCUAACAUGAACACCACAGCAUUUGAGAGCCGGUUCUACAACUUCUGGGAAGACUUGAAGCAGCAGGCUGGUAGUUCUGAAGGGUCUCUCGAACUGAGUGUCAUUAUGUUCUUUACUAGUAUGUUAUUCGUUUUGUUUAUUAGUUAGGUUAUGCUUUAGUAAAAUGUUUAUAGAACUA